AACUUUAAUGAACUAUAACCAUAUAGGCUUUUUACUGGCUAUUAUGGAAGAGCAACGGUAUCCCGUUAAUGUCCGACUUAUUGGAAUAAUUCAGAAGGAGAAGAGCAAAAUGUACAUAACUUCGGUGCUUUGGUCAGAUCAAAAUGACAUAAUUGUAUACAGAACCUUGAAGGACUUCAAGACACUUCAUAAACAAAUGAAGAAGACAUUUCCACCUGCAAACCCCCUUAAAAAGUCGGACAGAAUUAUUCCCAUGUUCAGAGACUGGAAAACCAAGAAGAGCAAAUCGUUGGUCCAGCUCAAGUAUCUGGAGAAAUACUGCAGCAAGCUCCUCAGCAGCGGCCCCCUCGUCUCACAAUGUCGUGUGCUCAUCCAGUUCUUCCAUCCCAAGGAUCAGGAUUUACAGCCCGAUUUCGCCAAGAACAGCAUUGUGAUCAUGCCUUCAGAAGACCACCAUUUUAACGCUGGCAACGUAACGCAGCCGUUUCUAACACAGACAUACCAAUGCGUGGCACCCUACGAAACCAAGGACAUCAAGAACCGACCGUUCAAAGUGGUCAUGAACGAACACGUUGACGUGCUUAUCAAAGACAAAGCAGGUUGGUGGCUAGUGGAGAAUGAGGACAAACGUAUAGCCUGGUUUCCUGCUCCAUACCUGGAAAAGAUAGAUGAGGAUGAGGAUGAAAUGGAAGGGUUCCAUGGAGAAAGUGUGCUGUACAGUGCUGCCAAAAGAUACAGUGCUAACAAUGCUGAUGAGGUUUCUGUCGAAAUUGGCUCAGUGGUGGAAAUCCUGCAGAAGUCAGACAAUGGCUGGUGGCUAAUUAGAUACCAAGGCCAGACUGGAUACAUUCCUGCCAUGUACUUGAAGCCCUACAAAAACCCCCGUCUCCGCCUGGAGGCUCUCCAGCAAGACCUUUGUAGCUCCUCCCUCAACCUGUCCCAGCUGCAGGUCCCGGGCGCCGGCCACUCGUUGGCCAGGCAGGCCGUUGAUCUAAACCGUUCCCAAGGGAACCUCCUGCGGCCGCCCGUCUCUCAACCUCCCAUGCCCAAUCAGCUUGUGCCUAUCAAAAAGUCUCGUUCUUUGAACGCUCUAUCUGAGCUUCGGCCUGGCCCUCCACCUGUGAUCGUCACGCCCCCUGCGCCGGAUUGCCCUACCAGGGGUAACCCAGAAGCGCCUGUCGUGAUAGAAACGGACGGGAAGGGAGAUCGACGCGGCAGCAGCGUAAGCAAGAGCAGUGUGGGAAGCGAGGGGAGCGACUUCAGCGACUUCAGCCUCAGUCCAACGUCUUGUGAAUCGUCGCUCAACCUGAGCUCCGGUGAGAUGCACAAGCUUUUGGAACGGAGCCGCGUGCAGGAGGCCUGCUGCAUCAGCCCCGACAGGGAUGGGUUAGAGGGCAGGAUGGUCCACAGCACAUCUGAGAAUAACCUGUUCAACGUGCCCCCCUCCAUGCCCAAGGUGCCCCCCAGGCCCAGGCCGCAAGAGAUCCUGACACGCUGCACCACUGUCACGCGCAAGAAGGCCUCCAAAGCCAGCCUGUCUCCACAACCUGCUGAGGUGGAAAGAUACUAGACUGGAGCUUUGUUGAAUGGGGAGGAGGAGGGAGAUGAGGGUGCCUCUUUGGCCUUUUGGAUUGAGUGUAUAUGGUUGUGGACAGGAAACGUUUUACUGUCUCUUCCUGUGUUACAGGACGAUUCCAAAGCUUUAGAACAGAAAGUCACUACUCUCUUUGGGACUUUGGGACAGAGGGGUCAUGAAGAUACCGGAAUAUGAUGACACUGACUCUACCAUGGUUUUCCAGUGUUCCGCUGUGUCUUGUGGGAUGUUCAUGAGUUGUUACAUGAGAUGAAGUAUCAUGGUUCUGCUAUACUGUUCCGUCUUGGCACUUAAUGUAAGGAAUCAUAGUUAGAAAAUUCCUGCAUUGUAGGUUGUGUUAAUUCCAGAUUCUGUAUUUAUUUCUGUAAUAUACACUGUGUGCACAGUUAUUAGGCAAAUCGUAUUCCUCAAGACUUAUUUUAUUGUUGAACAAACACAAUGCGCUCAUUCAAACCAGAAUGUAAUGGAAGCUCACAACUGAAUGUUUAACAAUGGGGAAUACAUAAGCGUGUACAAUUAUUAGGCAACAGUUAGUGUGCAGAAUUAUUAGGCAACUAAAUAACAAAAAUAAUUUCUCCAACUCACUU